CUGCCAUGGCUACACGCAUCGCGAGAAGAUAUCGAUGUGGGGGGAACAGCUGCUCCGACUCCAAUUAAUAAGCGGGGCCUCAUCCUUGGCCGUUACCGCAGGUUCUGGGGGAGAUCGGAGGAGGAGCUAUUUUGCGUUGACGUUCUUCUGCAUUCCGCUCCGGUUUCGUGUUCAUUUGUAGACCGUAUAUAUACAUUUCGGUCUUGGAAAUGUCUGCUCCCUUGAGCCCCCAGCAGCUGGGAAAUGAGCCAGAUAUGGUGGUCUACCAACAGAAGGAGUUUUCUACCGCUGCGUUUCCUAUCAUGGAGGAAAUUCGGCGUCAAGGAAAGCUCUGUGAUAUCACCCUGAAGGUCGAUGGUCAUCAAUUCACGGCACAUCGGAUCGUUCUGGCAUCCACAAUUCCGUAUUUCCAAGCGAUGUUCACAUCUGACAUGCUGGAGAGCAAGAAAAAGGAAAUCAACAUUCAGGGAGUUGAACCAAGCACCUUGGAAGCUUUGAUAAACUAUGCCUACAAUGGAAAAGUAGUUGUCAAGAGCAACAAUGUCCAAUCUCUUCUCCAUGGGGCCUCCUUCCUGCAGCUGACUGGUGUUGUGUCUGCAUGUGGGGAGUUCAUUCAGAAGAGGUUGACUCCGGGGAACGUUCUGGGGAUCCGUGCAUAUGCAGAGACUUUGGGCUGCUUCUCCCUCGUCGAGGCGUCAGACCGUUUCCUGCAGAAGCACUUUGUGGAUGUCGUGAAGGGGGAAGAGUUUCUGGGUCUGUCCUUUCCUCAGGUUGCCGAGAUCUUCUCCAGGGAUGAACUCAAUGUGGAAUCCGAGGAACCCGUGUUCGAGAGCCUCAUGACAUGGAUGAGGCAUGACCCAGAAAGUCGAUCUCAGUAUUUGCCAGAUCUGUUGACCAAAGUUCGGUUACCACUUCUCACACCCCAGUUCCUUGCCGAUCGAGUGGCGACCGAGGAGACCAUCAAAUCCUCUCAUCGGUGCCGCGAUUUAUUGGACGAGGCAAGAGACUACCACCUGAUGCCAGAGAGACGAUACCUGCUGCAGAGUUUCCGCACUCGCCCGCGGUGCUGCUUCGACGUCGUCGGGAUCAUCUAUGCCGUCGGGGGUCUUGCCAAAUCUGGCGACAGCUUAAGCACGGUAGAGAUGUACGACCCCGUGCUGGGUCGCUGGACGGUGGGGAAGGCGAUGAACAUGCUGAGGAGCCGGGUCGGGGUCGCCGUGAUGGGGAGGCGGAUGUACGCCAUCGGCGGGUACAACGGGUCCGAGCGGCUCAGCACGGUCGAGAUCUUCGAUCCCGACACGCAGACGUGGAGCAAGGCCAGCUCCAUGAACUGCAAGCGCAGCGCCCUGGGAGCCCUGUCCCUCAACAACCGCCUGUACGUCUGCGGCGGGUACGACGGGAUCUCCUCGCUGAACACGGUGGAGUGCUACGACCCGCUGACGGGGAAGUGGAGCAUGAUCUCGUCGAUGAACAAGCACCGCUCGGCGGCGGGGGUGGUGGCGCUGGACGGGUGCAUCUACGUGCUGGGGGGGCACGAUGGGCUCUCCAUCUUCGACUCGGUGGAGCGCUACGACCCGCUGACGGGGAAGUGGACGCCGGUGGUGUCGAUGCUCUCGAAGCGGUGUCGCCUCGGGGCGGCGGCGCUCAACGGGAAGCUGUACGUGUGCGGGGGGUACGACGGCUCCGCGUUCCUGCGCACCGUCGAGAUGUACGACCCCGUCGAGAACAAAUGGCGAUUCGUGUCCCCGAUGAAGACGACGAGGAGCCGGGUGGCCCUGGCCGCGACCUACGGGAAGCUGUGGGCCGUGGGGGGCUACGACGGCUCGGCCAACCUCUCCACCGUGGAGAUGUACAACCCGGAGACGGACGCGUGGACGUAUGCGCCGUCGCUGUGCGCCCACGAGGGGGGAGUUGGGAUCGGGGUCAUCCCGUUCAACGACAGUCCGUCGUCCCCUGGUACACUUGGGCUCGAUUCGCUUUCGAUUGAAGGGCUGUGAGGUGGUAUCGUUUUGCCAAAUGUAU